AUGGAGGCUGAUCUUCUUUCUACUGAGUCAGCGGGGGAAGAACCAAUACUAGAGGAAAUGUCUGAUCUUUUGGAACAGCAUAUAAACUACGAAUCUAGCCAAAUAUUGGGCAAAAGAGGUAGGAAUACUUCGCCUUCGGACCUUCAAAUCGAACAAAAAAAAGCUAAAGGAUGUGAGCAAGAAGGAGACUGGGAAGAAGUGAAAAGCAGAAAAGAGAAAUCUAAAGAAAUAAGAGGUAGUAUUGAAAUAUGUAUAACGUCUAAAGAGAAGUUCCCGGAUAGGAUUGUAUGA